AUGAGCCAAGUUUUCCUGCUGGCCUUGACGGCGGCCACCGUGAUCGCCGCUCCUCAGUUCGAUGAAGACUUUGGUUCUUCGUGGCACGAGAGCCAUGGUCAGGCCGAGAGCUACUCCCAGACGAGCUUUGGGAGCCCCCACAAGAAGGUCAAGACAGUGGUCAUCAACAAAGAAGUGAAGGUCCCAGUUGAGAAGCCCUACCCUGUGACAGUAGAGAAGAAGGUUCCUUACCCUGUUAAGGUUCCAGUGGAAGUCAAAGUUGAGAAGCCUUACCCCGUCGAAGUAGUGAAACCUUACCCUGUAUACGUCGAGAAAAAAAUCCCAUACCCUGUAGAGAAAACGGUACCUUAUCCUGUGAAAGUCCCUUACAAGGUCCCUGUCCCUUACAAGGUUCCUGUCCCUGUGGAGAAGCCAUACCCCGUGCCCGUCGAAGUUCCUCAUCCCGUCCCUCACCCCUACAUUGUUGAGAAGAAAACUCCAGUGUUCCUGAAGAAGGGACAGGAGUCUGAUGCCGAAAGUUACAGCAGUUUCAGUGAUUGAGCUCCUGUUCUGUAGGUUGAAAUCCAUCGCACCGCACACAUCACGUGACUAUCAACUUAUUUAUUAUACCAUACUGCCUGCAUAUAAAUAAAACGUA